AUGGUAGGUUUGCCUGCGAGAGGAAAAACCUACAUUUCACAAAAAGUAUGCCGCUAUCUUACCUGGCUAGGCAUCAAGACAAAAGUAUUUAAUGUUGGCAAUUACCGUCGACAGCUUCAUGGAGCCAAUUUACCUCACACCUUUUUCGAUCCCCACAACACUUUAGGAGAGCAACAAAGAAGAGAGGCCGCCGCCGCCGCUCUCGAAGACAUGAUUCGCUGGUUCAAUGAUGAGCAAGGGAUUGUUGCCAUUUACGAUGCCACCAACAGUACGACAAAGAGACGUCGAUGGUUAUGUGACACUUUGGCAAAGCAGGAUAUUCAAGUGUUAUUUAUCGAAUCCAUCUGUCAGGAUGAGGAGCUGAUUUUAGCAAAUAUCAAGGACGUCAAGCUUUCAUCACCUGAUUAUGCAAAUAUUGACCCAGAUGAGGCCGCUAUCGAUUUCAGAGCUCGAAUUGAUCAUUACAAGGAACAAUAUGAAACAAUUACCGAACAAGAAUUAACAUACAUCAAAUUGAUUAAUGUCGGUAGUCAAAACAUUAUUAAUCAAAUCCAAGGCUACUUGGAAUCACGAAUUGUUUAUUACCUCAUGAAUCUUCAUAUUGCACCUAGAAAAAUUUAUUUCAGCCGACAUGGUGAGUCGCAAUACAAUUUAAGCGGAAAGAUUGGUGGAGAUUCAAAUUUAUCAGAAAGAGGAAGAUUAUAUGCAAUGAAAUUACCUGACUUGAUCAAGACAAAUUUGGGCGAUCAGGAUUUAACAGUUUGGACUUCCACUAUGAAAAGAACCAUCGAGACUAGUGAAAAGUUAGAUUAUCCAAAGUUACAAUGGAAAGCAUUGGAUGAAUUGGAUGCUGGUGUUUGUGAUGGCAUGACCUAUGAAGAAAUAGAGCAAAAAUAUCCUGAGGACUACGCUAAUCGUGAUGAGGACAAAUUCAAUUAUAGAUAUAGAGGUGGAGAGUCAUACGGUGAUGUUGUCUUGAGAUUAGAGCCAGUCAUCAUGGAAUUAGAGCGACAUGAAAAUAUUCUUAUUAUAGGUCAUCAAGCUAUUCUUCGAUGUAUAUAUGCUUAUUUUAUGAACUAUAACCAUGAAGAUCUUCCGUAUAUUAAAAUCCCACUUCACACUGUAAUUGAAUUGACACCCAAGGCAUAUGGCUGUGAAGAAAAGCGAUUUAAGGUGGAUAUUGAGGCCGUGGAUACACAUAGACCCAAGGUUAAAAAAUCCAAAUCCAUUCGGAAAAUCAACACUUCUUUUAAACUACCAGCUGUCGGAGCCAGUGGAGAAAUUGUGAGAGACCCAAUGAGUCCAAUCAUUCCCAUCAGUCCACAACUGUUUCCUAAGGGAAGUAGCUCUACUACCACAUCUAAUAAGACGGGAUUAUCCAAUCUUGAUUUAGGUGAUUCUGCUUGGCCAUACAAUAAAUAA